CAUCAUUACUCAAGUAAGUCCCAGUAAUGAGACUGCAAACAGGAUCAACUGGUCCUAACAGAAGAAUGUGGGUGUUUGGAAUGUGGGGGACACGUUCCAAUAUGUGCUGAAUGUUCCGUGAAGAGUAAUGACACCAACAGGAAGGGGAGGAGUCUUCAAGGUUGGGACCAGAGUGAUGCUGGUUCUACUGUGUCUCCUGGUGCUCCUCAUCCCUGGAGGCUCUCCUGCUGGAGAGUCUCAGCUGAUUGGUUCACCUGACCCCAUCGUUGCUGUAGCUGGUGAUGAUGUCAUCCUGCCGUGUUCCCUGGAACCUCCCAUAGAUACAGAGAACCUGACAGUGGAGUGGACCAGACCUGACAUGGAACCUGAAUAUGUACAUUUAUACAGGGAUGGUCGUAACUUACCUAAGUACAUAAAUCCAUCUUAUAAAUACAGGAUGAUGCUGUUUGAAGAUGAACUGGUCAGGGGCAACGUCUCCCUGAAACUCUUCUAUGUGAGGCUGGAGGAUGAGGGGAGCUACACCUGCCUUGUUGUUAAGGACGGCAAGGUUAACAAGACUGUCAUCCAGCUCAGUGUUGUGAAGGUAUCUAUCACCAUCCUGGGAGCCAAAGAUGGUAAGGUGGUUCUCCAGUGUGAGUCUGGAGGCUGGCCUGCUGAACCUGAGCUGGAGUGGAGGGACAGUGAGGGACGCCUCCUCCCUGCUGAUGUCACACAGACAGACAGACUCCCUGACCCCGGCCCUCACCAACGCUACACUGUGACAAGCAGAGUGACUGUACAGAAGACAGACACCAACAGGUUCACCUGCAGGGUUCAUCUGCAGAGACUCAACCAGAUCAGGGAGACAGAGAUCCAUGUUCAUGAUCACAGUUUUCAUCCUGAGGAACAUGAACGAUCCCAGUCCAAAGAGGAACUGUAGAGACCAAGAAUCUGUCAUCAUCUCCAUCAAGAACCAGCAUUUUGCACUUUUGAACUUCUGCUUUUGUGCUAACUGUGUGUUAUUUAUUGUUACGCAUCAUCAAGCAAGCAAGCAAGCAAGCAACAUUUAUUAUAAAGCACUUUAAAAUUCAAGGUGAAACACAAAGUCCUGUACAGUAAAACAAUAAAAUAAUAAAAGCCCUAAAAUACAAAGACUCAACACGUCUCACACAAUACAAAAUACAAAAAACAGUAACACAUCAUACAAAGAUCCAAUACCAUCAAUAUAACCAGACACAAAUUUCAUAUCAGUUUUCAAAGGCCAAAGCAUAGAGGUGGUCUUAAGAAGAAAUUUAAAAACAGGUAUUGUGGCUGCCUGUCUAAUGUGUAAGGGUAAAACAUUCCAGUACAAAACCUACGUCACCUACACCAUCACCCAUGGUCCAGCCCCACCUACACCAUCACCCAUGGUCCAGCCCCACCUACACCAUCACCCAUGGUCCAGCCCCACUUACACCAUCACCCAUGGUCCAGCCCCACUUACACCAUCACCAAUGGUCCAGCCCCACUGACACCAUCACCCAUGGUCCAGCCCCACUUACACCAUCACCCAUUAUGCAGCCCCACUUACACCAUCACCUAUGGUCCAGCCCCACUUACACCAUCACCCAUAGUCCAGCCCCACCCCCCUCCAGGUAAAACCAUCACCCAGUCCACAGGAACCUGAGAUGCCAUGUAUAGUCCAACAGGGGGCGUUAGUGAGCCUCAGGUUAAAGGCUCAGUGUAUGGACAGCAUGACUUGUGUCGUUUUUGCUAAAAAAUUAACUCCUUUUUGUUUCACCUUUGCUUGGAAAGCCAUGAACAAUUCUUAAUGGAACCCUUUGACCUCAAAAGUUCUAUGUUUCCUUGGAUACAAAGUGUUCUAUAUUCUUGUUUUGGCUACCCGCAAUGCUUGGGGCUAUCUUGUUGUUAUUAUCAGUUAUGUUUUCUUGGAUACAAAGUGUUCUACAUUCCAUUGGACCCUGUUUUUAUCUCAUGGCUCUAGCUCACUUGGAGGAGAGUGUUAACCAUUAAGACACAUGCCUAGCUCAGGCGCUAAGGGUUCGAAUCCGGCGGAGGCCAUUUCCUGCACAUCUUCCCUCAAUUUCACUCUUUAAUUUCUUGUCUCUGCCCACCUGUCUUAUGGAUACAAUAAACAAGAAAAUGUCACACAAUGAAA